GAACACCUGGCGCCAUCUCUCACUGGGCAGAGCCAGCUCCACCCUCAUAUCCAGCCCAGUGUCCCCACUGUGUGCUCAGAGUCCACUGACUGCUGGUCACUCAGGAGCCUUAGUCCCCUGCGGCCUGUUCCUCACUGCUGGCCUCAAGGCUCAGACUGCGUGCUGGCCAUCAUGGGCUACCUUUUGAGUUAGAAACGGUUGCUCUCUGCAGUAGGACUGGAAAGCAAUUUUUCUAUCAAUCAAUGAACAAAUGCUUAUUGUACACCUACUAAGUGCCAGGCAUUGGGAAUGUACAGUGAACAUAAUACAGGUUCUGACAUCUGAACACAAGUGAAACUGACAGUGUUAACUUUUAUCUGAAUGUAAUUUCCUCUACCUCCUUCACAUGAACCCACAUUGCCCAAGAACUUGACAACACCGUGGUGUGACGCACUCAGAGAGGGCCGUGGGUGAUAAAGGCCAGAGAACCCUGGGCUCAGAAGACCAGGAUGAAGCACCAGCAGCUCUGACCUGGGCAGCUUCCAGAGGAUAUGCAGCCACUUAUGCUCCUGAUGGCCUUUCUUCUGGCUCCCAAGGCGCAGGCAGGGAAAAUCAUCGGGGGUCAUGAGGUCAAGCCUCACUCUCGUCCCUACAUGGCAUUUCUUCAGAUCAGUAUUCCUGGCAGAAAAAGAUGUGGGGGUUUCCUUGUGCGCGAGGACUUUGUGCUGACAGCAGCUCACUGCUGGGGAAGGUCCAUCACAGUCAUCCUGGGCGCCCACAACAUUAGCAAGAACGAGAGGACCCAACAGGUCAUCCCAGUGAAAACAGCCAUCCGCCACCCAAACUAUCAUCCCAAAGUCAAUGACAUCAUGUUGCUGCAGCUGCAGAGGAAGGCCACCCUGACUGCCGCCGUGAGCCUCCUCAGGCUGCCCAGGAGGGGAGAGCAGGUGAAGCCAGGGAUGGUGUGCAGAGUGGCCGGCUGGGGGCGACUCGACCUGAGCACCAGCACAGACACACUGCAUGAGGUAGAGCUGGAAAUCCAACGGGAUGAGCAGUGCAUCUCUUGCUACAGACGCCGUUACAACAGAACCACAGAGAUCUGUGUGGGGGACCCAGAAAGGAAUCAGUCUACUUUUAAGGGCGACUCUGGGGGCCCCCUCGUGUGUGACAACAUGGCUCAGGGCAUUGUCUCCUUUGGGAAAAAAUAUGGGGAAACUCCUCGUAUUGAAAUGAAGAUUUCCAGCUUUCUGCCCUGGAUAGAAAGAACAAUGAGACGUUUCCAACUGCAGAGACCAGACUGAGGCACCAGGAAUUGAUCUAUUCAUCUCCUCUGGGGCGCAGCCCAGAACUGCUCUAUGCAGAGGGUUUGACAGGAGGCUGCCAGUCUCCUAAUAAACUUGCAUCUCUAGAGUAGAAGUCACUGGUUCCUCCUGUGUUCACCAAAACAUGUGUUAGUUACCUGCUGUGUGUGCGGCAACCAUCUGUUCAUAUCUCCUAUCUAUUAGCGCUUCCCCUUCAUGGACCGCACCUUCCAUUUCUAGAAUAAAAUUCAU